AUGCAAGGCAUAGCUAUGCUAGCUUUUCUCGUUUUGAUAAGUGGGGACCGAUAUGUUGCUGUAAAGUUUCCCUUGAGGUAUAGGGAGAUCGUCACAGGACAGAGGAUCAAAAAGGCUGUAGCCGUUGCAUGGGUCACCACAGUUUUUGGAACUAUUCAGGAAAAUGUGAUUGCCACUAAAGAAAGUACAACAAAACUAUAUGCGUUAUAUUGGAAGGUGGAUAUUGUUGUGACUGCUUUACUCGUGUUACUUUGUAUCACUGGCAUAACGUUCUUGCACCUGUCCAUCUUCCUCGAAACACAACGUCAGAAAAAACGCCUACAGGCAGGACAGCUGUCAGCUCAAGAAGUUAGAAAGUUGAAGAAAGACGUAAAUAACAAGGCAACCGUUACACUAUCCUUAACUCUAGGAACUUUAGUGCUGACCUACUUGCCUGCGAUAACUAUUGCCUCAAUUCAGGCUUUCGCAAAUUUUUUCGAUUCGGGUACGAAAAUGGCGUUGAUAAGCUGGACUGAUUGUGCUGCGGUCUUUACUUCACUUUCUAACCCUGUAAUUUAUUGUUGGCGUCAUCAAAAUUCAAGAAAGGCUCUUCUUGAAAUCAUUCACUGAGCAAAACAAGGAAAUAACCCUCCAGACUGUAAAAUGAAGAGAGCCAAAUUGACCCCAAUGUCUUGAGGGCCAAUUUGGCCUCUCGAGGUUCGUUUUGGACUAUUUAAGCUAAAACAGGUUGGACGGGUACCAUUUCGACCCCUCCAAAAUCUGAAUUGACCCAAAUGAAUUCUACUUUGGAACUUUUUUUCAAUUUGGCCCUUCCAAGAGCCAAGUAGGAUUUACCAAUUUGGCCCCAACGAGGUGCAUUUUUUGAAAUGACUGAUAAUUAUCCCAAAAUUCCUAACAAUUUUGGGUAGAUGGACGUCCCAUCAAGACUUGAACGACACAAGGAUAUAAGGGUUUGGGAAUGUUAUAAGGGUAAUAAACCGGUAAAAGUAAAUUUUUCACUCGGUCGAAACCGGCACAAUAAACUAUCGAUUGACUUACUCAACUUUAUACUGUGAAUUUUUUAAUGAGUAAAAUUUUGUCAUAAAAGAUAUUUCUCUCCAAAAUUCUUCCUUCUUAUGCUAGUGCAUCUUAGCAGCUCCUUCUGCGUAUCGCAUUAGUCGAACCUAGACCGCGUGCGUCGGACACAAUAAUGAAUUAUAGCAGCGAAUUCAUAACUGAAGAGGCUGUUUCUUGGCUACAGUCGCAUGGAAUGAGACUUAAGAAAGGAAAGGUAUACGUAAGCAAAAGUAAUUUUCUUAACAACACAUUUUAUUGCAACUUUACAUACACAAACUUGACCGCUCCUUUCAUCUUUGUUCGUAUCCUAUCUUGCAGAAAAGGACGGUUGCGAUGGCCAAGAUCUCCUUGCCAUAUCCCAAGAUGCACUACAUCCCUAUUAGAAAAGAGCGUCUAAAGUUCAAGAAAUUGAUCGCAAUUAAUUUUCUUACUGGAGAAUUUGAAGCAUGCAUGGUUCGCCUUUUCUCAUGAGUCUUGUUGAGUCUCAGUGGUUUCACAACUAAGGUCACGUCAUCAAAUUUUGGCGCCGAGAGAUUACAGUUUGAAUAUUGCGUUUGCACAUGAUGGAUUUAAAUUAUUUCAAGAUUCUCUGAUUUUAGGAUCUCUCACUCUGAAUUCUUAAUCUUUUUCUUGAAAAGAUGAACUGAUAUUUUUUAGUCUAUGUCUUUGUUUGCAUCCACUUAAGCUGAUUUUUUGGCUCUCUCUCUUUCAGCGAACAGAAUCAAGUCCUUCGAGUAAGACGUUUCAAACGUCGAUUGAUGAUUCAGAAAACAUCAGCGAUUAUGAAAAUUUAGAAGUGACAUCGGCACCGAAAGAAAAGGGUAAAUCGCCCAAGGAUUUCUGUUUUACGGACGAGGCGAUAGAGCUGAGCAUUGUCUAAGUAAGUUCUUAUAGAUUAAACUUAGCAGGAUGGUGAAGAGUACAUUAUCGAUUACUUUCUUUCGAUUUUAUCCCAAAGGAAAACACACAAGGUGCCAGUUGGUCAGUUAAAGAUGAGAAAUCUCGGGGAAAGCACCUACAAAAAUGAUGAGAUUUGCUUUAUUUUUAUUGAGAUGUUUUAGAUAUGUAUUUACUUGCACCAUGCACAAAACAAAGUAAACCCAAUGUUUAACUAUGGUAAAUUAUAAUAUUAGUGAAUUGAUAGGAUGUUUUCAGACAGUUUAUUUUUUUUGAAAACAAACAUUUACCUAUAGGGUUCCUCCUGGAUGGCUUUCAAAAUUCCAACUACCAUCGAGGGUAAGAAACUUUUCUUUGUUUUGUUUUUUAAGUCUACUAGCAAUCCUUAUUAAUUCACGAAUACUAAACUAAAACUAAAGUGCACAGAGGUAUGAUUUCUUUUCUUAAUAAGUACAUAUACAGUUUGGUGAAAAUACAUCAUUGAUGAUCACCAUUAUUGUGUUUUUACUUUUUUCCUUCUUUUAGUUUAGUUUUUUUGAUUUUGCGAUUUUUUUAGAAACUUCCUGUCAUCAAACCAUUAGAUAAAUAUUGCACAUGGAAUAGCUGAUUCUUUUCAGAUAUUUUGGGAGUCACACAUUAUGUUUUCAAGCCUUGAAGGGGAGACAAAUUACACACAUUGAGCGAGACUUCCACUUCCAUUUCUAGUGUUUUAGCUCAUAGUUUUAGAAAAACAUUAUAUAAUAUUCUUUUUUUGACUGGCUACAGGCACGUUUUGCACUUUGGCUUGAUUUUAAUAUGGUUUUCAAAAACUCAUUAAUAAUUCAUAAGCCCAUUAACCUAUCAAAUGUUAGAUAAUACAUCACGUUCAGUAACUUUAUAUCGAUAAACCUCAUCCUUAGUAGUAUGCGGUGUUUUAUCAGAUAUAAAGACACUGCACGUGACUAUUAAUGUUUUUCUCGUAUGCUAAUUUCUAACGUUCACAAAAGCAUAAUUGUUAUGAACUCUCUUGACACACGCUUUUCCAAGAAUGUUUUUGAAGCCGUUCAAAAAACUCGCAGCACGUGUUUUAUCGGGUCAAAAACCACUCGGCUACGCCUCGUGGUUUUAAACCCGAUAAAACACUCCUGCUCGUUUUUUAAACAUUACGUAAAAUUUGUUUUUAUUGCAUAGAGUAGCUGAUGUUGAUUCAGCAAUCAGAGAUUAUGUCCAGCACAAAUUUUAAUUGUUGGAGAUCUUCAAUACAUCAAUCUCCUGUGUAUAGUAACAGAGGGAAGCGUAAUUUGUCACUUCCCACAAGAAAAUAUUCUUGAUGUUCUCAUUGGGUUAUUUGGCUCAUUUAUAUUUUCAAUGUUUCUUAUAAUCAGUAAAAGGCAAUGUUGACUGUUUUAGAGCAAGCAUUAUUGGAAAUUGGGCACAGGCAGACUCUUGCCACUGUUUCCUCCGUUUUCAAUGA